AAACAUCAUCCCAACUUUGAACCAAAGAACCAGUUCAACAUUACUGAACUCAAAGUAUAGGAAACAAAGAACAGAAAAGAAAAAUUGUAGGAAAAAAAUGAAAUUAAUACUCAACCACUCAAACAUACUUAGAGAGAUAAAAUCAGAAAUGAAGCCAUGAAUGCCCCAACAGCGCCACCAAAGGAGACAAAGACUGAAGCAGCAGCAUUAGGAGGGGGAGGUUCAUUGGCAGGACUUGGUGUUUGGUUUGUAUCUGAAGGUGGAGAUUGACCCUCUUGACCAGUAGGUGCUGGUGAAGGUGAUGAUGAUGAUUGUGGUGAGGGUGGAGAAGCAGAUUUUGUUUGGUUGGUGUUUGACGAGCCAUGGUUGUUCCUGUCAGCUAGCACAAUCACUGUUAAUUUCUCAUUUUUUUGACAGUUAUCUUUGUUUCCACUUAUGAAAAAGUGAGGCCCUGAUUGGUUUAGUUUGAAGACUGUGUGACCAUCAGAGUAUUUUGCAUAAGGUGAACCGGUGUUGCAACUGGCAUAGUCUUCACUCUUCACAUAAAGAACUGAGUCUUGGCCAGAUUGGUAGUUGAACACUGCAAUAAACAUAGAAUACCUUUGGCCUUUUGGGAUGUGGAGAGAUCCUGGAGCUCCCGCUGAUUCUUUCUAUGAAGUUCGUCCUGAGUGCACCGAUGUUCCCAAGUCUCGAUUUAGGAUCAAGGCUGGCAAAACAUUAAGUGCCAGAAAGUGGCAUGCAGCAUUUUCUCCAGAAGGAUAUCUGGAUAUAGGCAAGACUCUAAGCCGAAUCCACCGAGGGGGAAUCCAUCCAUCAAUUAGAGGAGAAGUUUGGGAAUUUCUACUCGGAUGCUAUGAGCCCAAGAGUACAUUUGAGGAAAGAGACGAGCUAAGGCAACGUCGAAGAGAGCAAUAUGCAACAUGGAAGGAAGAAUGUCGUCAAUUAUUUCCUCUUGUGGGAAGUGGUAGAUUUAUCACAGCACCUGUAAUUACUGAAGAUGGGACACCAAUUCAAGAUCCAUUGGUUUUAUUAGAAAAUAAUCCAGAAAAUGGGGUGAUUGUACCUCAAGAUGCUACCAAUGGUAACACUGUCGCAAAUAACUUAGAAAAGGUGACAGACAAGGCAGUAAUUGAAUGGAUGUUAACGCUCCAUCAAAUAGGUCUUGACGUGAAACGCACUGAUAGGACGUUGGUUUUUUAUGAGAAAAAGGAGAAUUUGUCAAAACUAUGGGAUAUUCUUGCUGUUUAUGCUCGAAUAGAUACAGAUGUGGGCUAUUGUCAAGGAAUGAGUGACUUGUGCUCUCCUAUGAUAAUGCUUCUUAAUGAUGAAGCAGAUGCGUUUUGGUGCUUUGAGCGUCUCAUGCGUAGAUUGCGAGGAAAUUUCAGAUGUACUGAUAGCUCUGUUGGGGUUGAGGCUCAACUAAGUAAUUUGGCUGAAAUUACUCAAGUAAUUGAUCCAAAACUUCAUGAACAUAUAGAGCAUCUUGGUGGGGGUGACUAUCUAUUCGCUUUUCGAAUGCUAAUGGUUCUAUUUCGUCGAGAAUUCUCUUUCUGUGAUUCAUUAUACCUUUGGGAGAUGAUGUGGGCUCUUGAAUAUGAUCCUGACUUGUUCUGGAUGUAUGAAGAAGCUGAUGACAAAUCUGAGGAAUCUAAAGGAAGAUUAAAGUCAAUUCGUCAUUACGGAAAAUACGAGAGAGAAAAUAUGAAAAAUGGAGCAAAAAGCAGUGAAACUCCUCCUCUUCCUAUAUCUAUUUUCCUUGUUGCGAGUGUGUUGAAAGAAAAAAGUGCAAUAUUACUUCAACAAGCACGAGGCUUGGAUGAUGUUGUCAAGAUAUUGAACGAUGUAAAUGGAAAUCUUGAUGCCAAAAAGGCUUGCAUGACAGCUCUAAAACUUCACAAGAAAUACUUAAAAAAGGCCAAGAAACCCUAGUACAAGAAAGAACCCAAGAUAUUUCUUUUCAUGCAGAUCAAGUGAUGGGAGACAAUAUUGGAACUCCUUGUAAAAUUUGGAUUAGAUUUCAAUGCAAAAUAUGUGUAAAAAAAGGUUCCAACAAUCAAGUGUAAGCUGAAAAACCAUGGUUGUAUGUGAAAUUAAAAUUGUUUUUUAGUUCAUCUGAAGUAACAAUGGUUGUACCAGAAAUUAUUACAUACAAUCAUUUGUUCAUUUUUUGUAAGAUAUUUAUAUAGAAAAAGAAGACAAAAAAAGCAAAAAUAUAGUUGU